AUGGCCAAGAAACUCCAAUACUUUAACAUAAAUGGCCUUGGGGAGUCAAUAAGGUAUAUGCUACACUAUGGUGGGCAUAAGUUUGAGGACAUCCGAUACGAAUUAAAGGACUGGCCGAUACAAAGUGUGAAAGACUCUCUACCUUAUGGUCAGUUGCCUCUAUAUGAAGAAGGAGGGAAGACUCUUAACCAGUCUUUGGCCAUUGCACGCUACGUCGCCAGCCAGUCGCAACUGCUGCCUUCUGACCUUUGGCAGCAGGCAGUUUUGGAUGCGGUGGUCCACAACAUUUAUGACUUCUGGAAUAAGAACAAAAUUGCGGAAUAUUUAAGAGGGGACGCUGAAACGAAGGCUGCUCUCAAAAAGCAGACUUUUGAGGAGCACAUUCCCUUCUAUUUCUCCAGAUUUGAAAAGGAACUGAAGGCAAAUAAAGGAUAUUUUGCUGGAAAGUUGACGUGGGCUGACUUCAUUCUCGUGGGACUGAUCGAGACUGCCAACCUUUUUUACGGCGAACACAUCGAAAGUAACUAUCCCACAAUCGCUUCUCUCGUCAAGACAGUCCAAAAUCUACCCAAGGUCAAAGAAUAUAUAGCGACAAGGAAUCCUUACAUUUUUAAAUAA